AUGGGUGGUCGCACGUCAGAACUGCAGUCGCAAACGCCACCAUCAUCCUUGGAGCAGAAUCAGCGACUUAACACGAAGGAUUUGGAGGAGGCUCUUGACACCGUGUUUUCUUUGGGCAAGCCGCGCAGCGAGAAUGGAUCAUUUGCCCUGUUUGAGUUCCUUGUGGACGCGGGAAAAGCCAUGUUAAGCCCCUUGUGGUCAAACCAGGAGUUCCAGGACUUCCUGCAGAGCGAUUUUGGGAAAUUUGCUUCCGCGCAGUUGGUGAGGUGCCUGGAUGCUGACGGGGAUGGACGUGUCACUGCGCGCGAUUUCCAAAUCAUGUAUGACCGGGACCUAAAAAAACUCCUUCGACACCAUCAGGGCACUUUGGACGGGGUACUUCCUUUUAUGGGUCAAUGUGCCUUUGGUUUUACAAUGGGGCUUGCUGCUGGCAGGAUGGCACACCGUCUGUAUCAAAGCAAGACUCUUAUCCUUUCAUCCUCAGUCACUUUCUACAGCGGACUUCAGUACUUGGCGCAAUUUAACUUUGUGAAUCAGAAUUUGCUGGAAGCCGCCUUUCGAGAAAAGGUGAAGCAGCUGGCGGACGUAAACGGGGAUGGGGAAUUGAACAAGGAGGACCUUAAUUUUCUAAUUGAAAAUCGAAUGCGUUAUGUUGCUACAAAAUUGGGGCCUGGUGGCAUUGCCCCCGGCUUUAUGGGCUAUGCAACGCUCGCCAUUGGCAUUCUGUUUGGGUUACGAAGAAUCAAAAUAUAA